AUGAAUGCACCGUCAUCGGAUCAGUUGUCAUCAAGUCGAUUUACCAAGAAAAAUGGGAAACUGGUGGAAGCAGUCCGGCUACUGGAGGGGGCUGCCCGUAAGAAUAAUUCAGAUGCUACAUUUCUCCUUGCCGAAAUGAAUUUUUACGGAAAUUAUACCCACCCACGCGACUUUUCAAAGGCCUUCCGAUAUUACGAUGCGUUGGCGACCUUGACUGGAAACAGUACUGCGCAAUACAUGCUCGGGUUCAUGUAUGCAACUGGAAUCGGCGGGGUUGUGGAACGAGAUCAGGGCAAGGCGCUUCUGUACCACACGUUUGCUGCCAGGGGUGGCAAUACUAGGUCACAGAUGACGCUGGCAUACCGAAGAUACAUAGGAAUUGGAGCUGCUCCGGAUUGCGAUCAAGCGGUAUAUUGGUACAAGAAGGUGGCCGAUAAGGCGAUUGCAUGGUAUAGAUCCGGUCCACCCGGCGGCAUUAAUUGGCGUCGAGAGGCCUUCCGUUGGGCUGAUGAGGAAGGUGGCGUGUAUGGUGAGGGAGCCAGUGUGUCUAGUGCUGGUUACAACGCGAUGAGGGAUGUCCAUUCCAGUGCCGAUGCGAGCCUGGAUGAUGUGCUGGAGUAUCUUGAUCUCAUGGCUAAGAAAGGUGAUACUAAAGCUACCUUUGGCCUUGGGAAGCUCUAUUAUGAAGGAUCACGCCAGCUGGAAAGGAGCUACAAGAAGGCCAUGAUGUAUUUCGUGGUAGUUGCAAGGAAAUACUGGACCAAGGACGGCUCUAUCAACCCAAGCCACCCACCAGGCAUUGACAAGAUCGCUGCUCAGUCCGCCGCCCAUAUUGGCCUGAUGUUCCUUCGUGGAGAGGGCACAGAGCAGAAUUUCCAAAAGGCCAAAGUCUGGUUUACACGAGGAAGAGCAAACGGCGAUGCAAUGUGCCAGCAUUAUCUAGGGCUGAUGUACUUGCAUGGCUAUGGCGUCGAACAGGAUGUAAUGAAGGCCGCUUCAUACUUUAAAGCUGCUGCGGAACAGGACAAUUACUACUCCAAAACGCGGCUUGGAGCGCUGUUUCUUGAUCAGGGUGACGUUGUCACAGCCUCGAUAUAUUUCGAAGCAGCUGCUAGGCAUGGGGGUAUGGAAGCCCUCUAUUACCUCGCUGGAAUUGCAGACCGGGGCCUUGGCGGACAGCGCCAUUGUGGAGUUGCCACAGCGUACUACAAGAUAGUCUCCGAAAAGGCCGAAGGCAUUCACUCCGCUUUUGCCGAAGCGAAUGAUGCCUAUGAGAUUGGAGACAAGGAGCUAGCUAUGAUUAUCUCCACUAUGGCAGCCGAACAAGGGUAUGAGAGCGCUCAAGCAAAUGUUGCAUACCUUCUCGACGAGAAACGAUCUGUUUUAUCCCUUGAUCCGAUUCUUCCAUGGAUAAGGGGUGGUCGUUCGUCCUUAUUGCGUAACGCAGCGUUGGGGUUCAUAUACUGGGCCCGCUCUGCUAAACAAGCCAAUAUAGACUCAAUGGUGAAACUAGGAGAUUACUACUUUGAAGGCUAUGGCACAAAGAAAGACGUUUCUAGAGCGCUCACCUGCUAUCAUUCCGCAGCUGAAGGCCACAGUGCCCAAGCAUUUUGGAAUCUUGGCUGGAUGUAUGAGAACGGCCUUCAUGUUGAGCAGGACUUCCCCAUGGCCAAGCGGUAUUAUGACCUUGCCUUGGAAACGAACCAAGAGGCAUAUUUCCCGGUCACACUCAGCCUUCUUCGACUGCGUGCUAGGAAUUUCUGGAAUAAGGUGAUACGAGGGAAGGCCAAUACAAUCAAUGCAGAACCAGGUAUGAUUCUACUUCCAUUUCCCAAUAGUCACUGGGCAUGGCUAAUGAGUACUAGAUGUAAAUACCCCACGGACAUUUAA